AUGGAUUCUUACCGUGGAGUUGUUCGGCGUGCCGCAGUUGCUCGAUCUCGCCCGGCACCUAGUUGCGAAGCAUCCAGUAGCCGCAUUAAAGAAAACGUUUCUCCUUCUCAAGCUGAAUAUCCAGCCGAGGAGUAUCACCCUUUUUACUUUGAAUCUCCGGCUCAGGGACGUUCUUCCAAGAAUACUGGCGCAGAACGUCUUUUCCAAUCUUAUGAAGACACUCGGAUUCCUUUUCGAGACACUGUCAAUUCAACUAGAGCGUUUGACCACCCCCGCCUAGACUUCUACCAGGGGAAUCCGAGAGCCCAGCUUGGACAUCUUUACUUUCCCGAGGAUCAUUUCGCUCCGGUAGGCCACGAGGUAUUUGAUUCCUCUGAAAAAGGUAAAGCGCCCCUUCGAGGAUCUGCUGCUACCUCUCGCCAAGCUCCUUAUCAUCUCGAACACGAAGUAUCACGACCACCCCAAUUCCCCGUAAAACUUGGAGCUCAAUUUGACGAGGAAGACGGCUUUCCUCGGCAAUCAGAUCCAGCACCUUACCACUAUAGCCCAUCUCGUUAUUCCGAGUCUGGAUCUGUUGCUGCUGGCCAUUUUGAAUCUCGCUCCUGGGAAAACAGUUUUCCUAAAGACCUACCCCAGCAGGCAUCUUCAUACCCGCAACCUAAACGUGGCUGCACUCCUAAGGGCCCUUCAACUCCUGUUGCACCAAAAAAGCAAACUACUGGGUUUCCCCAGCCGCAUCAAUUCAAUACCCUUAGCAAUCGGGCACAGUUUGAUCCCCUAAACUUUUUCCCCAGUGUUGCCAAACCUCACGGCAGUCUUGAGCUUCCUAGCUGUGCUCCUAUUGUUCGUCGUGUUACAGAGCCUGUCGUAAAAGGUGCCCCCGAUACUCCUCAAAUUAUUGUUGAACCUCCAACUGGCAGUAAGCGAGUAGCUACUGAACCUUCGGUCGCAACAAGUAAGGAAACAAGCCGUAAGGAGGCUCAAAAUCUCUCCACACCUUUCGACGACCCAGUUUCUCAGACUCCUACCCCCAAGUCUCGAAAGAAGAGUAUCCAUCGCCUUGCCGAGUCUUUCAAGCAUCUUUUUAAUUCUCGUUCUAAAACCGACUCUGACGUUUCAUUCAAACAUUCGAGAACCAAGUCUAGCUCUAAAAAGCGCAGGCCGAGUCUCUCAAGUCGACUUUUCCGACGACCCUCCCAGCAAACCCUCAUAAAUUACGAUUUGGUAACGCAGUCGAAGGUUCCACCAUUGCCUAAAAUGGAUCAUUCGAGAUUUCUCGAUCCGUCCUCGGCCAUGAUGGCUCUGACGAAGCAAAAGUCUGAAGCCAUGCGCCUUGCCCGUGAACAAUCUGCAGCCGUGGUCGAAAUGUGUCGACGAGCAAAGACCGAUGUGCCACAAUAUUCUUUUGAGGAAUUAAUCGGCAAGGGCUCGUAUGGUAGAGUAUACAAAGGACGCCAACUGUCUUCUCAAAAAUUUGUGGCAAUCAAGGUAAUGGAUAUCGACAAACUUGAUUAUCAAGCCAUCAGAGACAUGAGGGAUGAAUCAAUUAAAGAUUUCAUCCAUGAGACAAAGGUCUUGCAACAAGUCAAGGAUGCUGGAGCUAAAAAUAUCAACAUGUUCAUUGAAGCAGUCUCCAUUCACUCACAAUUGUGGCUCAUUUGUGAGUAUUGUCCGGGUGGUAGUGUGAAGACUCUGAUGCGAGCAACUGGUGACAAAUUGGAAGAGAAAUUUAUUAUACCCAUUGCUAGAGAACUUGCUGAGGGUCUAAAAGCCAUUCAUGAUGCUGGAAUUAUUCACCGUGAUGUUAAAGCUGCAAACAUCCUUAUUCAUGAAGAGGGGAGGUUGCAAAUCUGUGACUUUGGAGUUGCAGGAGUUUUACAAACAAAGCUUGAUAAACGAUCAACUUGGAUAGGUACUCCGCACUGGAUGCCACCCGAAAUGUUUCCCAACAGAGUUGCAGAGCCACAUCAAUACGGGAGCGAGGUUGACGUAUGGGCUUAUGGGUGCACUUUAUUCGAAUGUGCCACGGGAAAUCCACCCAACGCAACCUUGCGUGAACGAAUGCAAAUUGGUCGUCAACUUAACCGUUUUGCCCCGAAACUGGAGGGUGAUGCCUAUUCUGACCGAUUACGAUCACUAGUAUCUUACUCUCUCGCUCCGGAUCCAAGAACAAGACCUACCAUGAAAGAAAUCCUAAAACACGAAUAUAUUAUGGAUUCUAGUGAAGCAUACCCAACAAAUAUUCUCAGUGAACUGGUUCGGAUAUACUACCAAUGGUCACAACGGGGUGGCCAACGAGUUUCCUUGUUUAAUCCCGGAGGUGCAGCAGCAGCUGAAAUGCCACUUCCGAUGGGCACUUUAGGAAAUGAAGAAUGGAAUUUUAGCACGACUGCUGGCUUUGAGAAGCGUUAUUCAAUUAUUGACUUAGACGAACUUUCUGCCUCUUUGGCUGCUCUCGAUGAGGAUCUUACUCCAACUGGCGCGCCACGUACAAUGGGGCAAGGGGCAGAAAUGACUUUCAUGGAAAAAGCAAAUUUUGAUGAACGUGUGAAAAGAGGAGCUGCAGCCAUGGAAGGACUCUUUGACGAAGCCAAGCCGGAUUAUAAAUACGAGACUAAGAACGACUUCGUGCCUAUGCAACAGAUGCAACGCCGGUCCUCAGACCUUCCUCUUCGAACAGAUACAGAUCGGUCAUCUGUCACGUCUACAUUUAUCGAUAUAAACCUUGGAGACUAUGAAUCAUCUCAUUAUGCUGCUGGCUCCGCCUCAAACAAUCCCCCAUUUCAGCUUGCUGAUCCUGAUACUAUUCGAGCAAACCGCUCCAGUGCACGACUUAUUCGCAACUCAUCAAGUUCCAGUACUACUUCUCAGGAAUUCCAACCUCGAGGCCCUCGACCUCCUACUAUGGAUUGGACUUUUGACACAGCUGGUCAAAUGACCGACGAACCUGACAUCAUGACACAAGACGACCUUCAUGAAGAACCUCCGCCUGAAGAAGAAACUUUUAAGUCUGACAAACGUGAGACCAUGGCCUGGACAUUUCCAGUUAUGACCACAAAUGAGGGUGCACCUGGGGACGAAGCUCUGGCUGAAGAUGGGCCCGGCGAGAGCGAAGAGGAAGACCCAAAUAGGACCGAACCCGGCUACACUUGGAGGCCUGAUUUAGAUGGCACCGUUAGGGCCGCUGACCGACCCUUCUCCACCCUUCAGCCGCCGCCUUUUGAAAAUGGCCCUACCAGCCAAAUUGACGCCCAACCUGAAUCCCGUCCUACGACAGCCCUAUCGAUGCGGUCGGAAACGGAUCAAGACCCAUUCAGGUUUGAUGGAACAACGACAGUGCCAAAUCCAAAUACACCCCCAGAAGAGCGGCCAGAUCCAACCGACCAAUUUCCCGCUAUGCCUCCGUCAAGCUUAUAUGAAGAUUACGACGCUUCCACACUUGCGAGCUCGUUCAACGAGUAUCAAGACACAAAUUGGAGCCAAGGCGUGACUUUGAGAAACGGGAGCUCCACGGAACCAAGGCGCCAGUCGGUGGUAUCAUCGCUGUACGCAGCGGAUGUCAAUAAGGGGCAGCCCGUUCCCGAGGUAGACAAGCCAUCGUCUCUCUAUUUCCCAGAACCUAUGCCUCCUAGCUCCGAAUGCCUAGCUGACGGAGCUAGCGAGGAUAUGGUUUCUGCGGAAUUAGACCGCCUGCUGGGGGACUUCGUCCAAGGGUUGGCAUCCACACGAGAGGCACUUGCUGCUACUGAUAAUUGA